GAUUGCAGUUAUAUAAAGCUAUCUCAAGGCAGUAUUGUCCAGUAACUAGAUACAUCCAAUCUAGUUUGCUACCUCAGUUGCUGAAGAAACACCCCUUCUAUCGCAUGCGCCAUGAGUAGAUCAUUCCCUAGAAUCAAAGCUGUCCGAGCGUACGUAACGGAAGCAAAAGAGGGGGACCAAGGAGCGGACUGUCAUGACGUGGACGAUAAGCACUGGAUCAACGGCUACCCGAACCCCGUUGCCAACCCUAUGUCCGUGUAUCCACAGUACGCGUCAUUCCGGAAGUCAUGGGGAAUCAACGCUCUUGGCACUAUGGUUGUUGAAGUUGAGGCUGAAAACGGCGAGUGUGGGGUUGGAAUCACCAUCGGGGGAGAACCCGGAUGUUACAUUGUAGAGAAGCACCUGAGUCGGUUUGUAGAAGGUCAAGAUCCGCGAAAUGUGGAACUGAUGUGGGACCAAAUGUUCCGUGCCACACUCAACUACGGACGGAAGGGACUUCCAAUCCAAGCCAUCAGCGCCGUAGAUCUAGCCAUUUGGGAUUUAUUAGGCAAACUCCGCGGGGAACCUGUUUAUGCAAUGCUAGGCGGAAAAGUGAAGGAGCGACUUCCGGUUUACUGUACAACGGCACGUCCCGAUAUUGCUCAGAAAUUGGGAUUUGUCGCAUCAAAAAUCCCUUGUCCUUAUGGUCCGACGGCCGGAGAGGAAGGGUUCAAGAAAAAUGUUGAAUUCUUCAAAGGAUGGCGCGAGAAGGUUGGUCCUGAUUUCCCACUCAUGCUGGAUUGUUACAUGGCCUUGACCCCACAAUAUACGGUAAGGCUAGCCAAGGCGCUUGAACCUCUUGGUCUGAAGUGGAUCGAGGAAUUUCUUCCUCCUGACGAUUAUGAAGGAUACGAAGACGUGCGGAAAGCCAUGUUUGGAUCAAAGGUCUUACUUACCACUGGAGAACACGAAUACAGUCGUUAUGGGUACCAGCUUCUUUUGAAAUCCCGAUGUGUGGACAUUUUACAGCCAGAUAUAUCCUGGCUGGGCGGGAUCACCGAGGCUCGCCGUAUGGUUGCCAUGGCAUCCGCUCACAAUGUCAUGGUCAUACCACAUGGUUCAAGUAUCUAUUCCUACCAUCUACAAUACGCCUUCUGUAAUUGUCCAGUAGCAGAAUUUAUCAAUUUGAGUCCCGAGGCUGACAAGAUCGUGCCGUAUUUCGGAGGGUUGUUUCCUGACGAACCCCUUCCCGCCAACGGUUUUAUUGACCUUCCGGAUAAACCCGGAUUUGGCGUGACUUUGUGUAAGGAUAUACUAAGAAGGCCUUACCAGAGGAGUGAAGACGCAAGUCGUAAACAGGCGGAAUUAAACAUUAACUUUAAACCUCCUGAAAAAGCGUGCAUGCCAUUCUAGCUCCAAUUUUCGUGAUUUCUUACGUAUUUGGAGAGGAGUAUUUCCCAGAACAAUCGUGUGGACAGGACACCAAGAAAAGUGUUCUGCCAGAAGUGUGUUUCAUUAUCAAAAUUAACAUUUUGCCAGGUUUACCACAUUUGUGAAAACGUCUUUUCCUUGAUAACAACAUAUUUGAUGGCAGUAACUAGAAAUACUAAAUUCAAAUCAGGUAUCACUUUAUAAGAAAAUAAUGUAGGACAUCUUACAAGCAAUUGGCAACCCUUUUACAAAAUACUGUUUAAAGUGUACCACAAUUAAAGCAUACCAGAUUGAAAAUGAGUUCUUCGGUUGUUUAAUAUUAGCGCAACACAUAUUUGUUGGAUCUUACAUUCGCGUUUUCAUUUCGUUGAUUCAUAGGGUCUGCCUCUAUGGUUUCACAUCUUUGAUUAACCUGAUUCAGUUGUUCCAUCUGUUCCAUGCCCGUGCUACAAACGUUCGUAGAUACUUGUUGUCACUAUUCCAUUGCAAUGAUACACAUUUUCACGGACAGACGAUGUAAAAUUAAUUUAUUCAUCUAGCUCUACUUGUAUUAUCUAUACAAAUACGAAUAUUUAUAUCACAGCGGAAGAUUUCUUCUCAGAGGAAAUCAUAGGAUUACCGUGAGGUAACCGAAACUGUAAAAACAUCCUCUACGAUAAAUUUUGGUAUCUUCAAAUUUCUCUUCUUCUUAGUCACAUUUACAAUGGAUGCAGUGAACCGAACCACUCUAAUAUGACAACUUGCAGUUUGAUUUUACUUUUUUUGGAAGGAUGAAUUGAGCAGCAGUCAUUUAAAUGAAAUGUUUGGGUAUCAAUUAUAC